AGUUACCCAUUUGCUAAAUGCGACCAGGGUCCCAAUGGCUCUGACGAUGAUGCCUGGACUAGAACGAAACUAAAGUCUCAGGCUACAUUCUUAGGGUUCCAGGCAGAAUAUAGUACUGGGAGGCCAUGGCGGAUUCGAAGACUCUUCUGGCAUCAGAAUUAUGCGAGGCAGAGACGAUGGACGACGAGGCAGCGCGGCUCCAGCAGUUGCUGCUACAGGCCUCCACGGACUUCCAGCAAGCUCAGUCGAGACCAGAAUCGACACAGAUCCAACCUCAGCCUGGUUUCUGCAUAAAGACCAACUCAUCGGAAGGGAAGGUUUUCAUCAACAUCUGCCAUUCUCCCUCCAUCCCUCCCCCGGCUGACUUGACUGAGGACGAGCUGCUUCAGAUGCUGGAGGAGGACCAAGCUGGCUUCCGCAUCCCCAUGAGUCUCGGAGAGCCACAUGCUGAAUUAGAUGCAAAAGGCCAGGGCUGUACGGCCUACGAUGUAGCAGUCAACAGCGAUUUCUACCGGAGGAUGCAGAACAGCGAUUUCUUGCGAGAGCUCGUGGUCACCAUUGCCAGGGAGGGCCUUGAGGACAAAUAUGGCCUGCAGUUGAAUCCGGAAUGGCGGAUGUUAAAGAACCGGCCCUUCCUGGGCUCCAUCUCGCAGCAGAACAUCCGCUCCAAGCAGCGUCCUCGGAUCCAGGAGCUGGGGAACACAUACACAUCCGCCUCCCCCUGUGCUGAUGUCGGCCCAGAGAAGCCUCAUCUGAACCUUUGGCUGGAAGCCCCGGAUCUCCUCUUGGCUGAAAUUGACCUGCCCAAGCUGGAUGGGGCUCUGGGGCUGUCACUGGAGAUUGGAGAGGACCGCCUGGUAAUGGGGGGCCCUCAGCAGCUGUAUCAUCUGGAUGCCUACAUCCCACUGCAAAUCAACUCCGAGGCCAGCAGGGCUGCCUUCCACUGGAAGCGUAAGCAACUGCUGGUGGCUAUGCCCCUUCUUUCAGUGCCUUCUUGACCACAAUUCUCUUGUGCUUCCUUUCAACUGGGAAGAUGUUGAUGGCUUCUCUGUCAUUGGAAUAAAAGAUAUUUGCCUUUA